AUGUCUGCGGCUGUCGACUCUAAGACCGCUGCCGCAUAUCUCAUUGAUCCAAUGAAUGCCCCCGAACCAUCACAUGAAACAGGUCCAGGCACACACUUCGGCAGCACAUUCGCUCCAGCAGCCUCGUCGUCCAAUGCUCCACUCUCUGCGUCACGAACGUCGAUUGGCAGCAACAACCCAUUCCGCGACAGCACCGAGAAGCGACGAUCGCCCAAGCAGUCUCCCCCGCUCGAGAAGGGCGGAGCAUCAAGUCAUGCUCGCCAUGUGAGCAGUGGCAGCAGAGGCAGCAGAGGAAGCCCGCCAGCCCAAUUUCCUGCGUAUCGUGCUGACGCAUUCGGCGACUACAAUGACACGCGACCACGUCGAUCGGGUAGCGGGGGACGACCACCUCCAUCGUACGAGGAGGCCAACUCAGGCAACAACUCCCCAAAUCAAAAGGGACACCGUCGCCGAACAAGUUCGCUCUCGGCGCGCUACCCUGGGGAUGAUAGUCACAAACCGUUGGACGUGCUUCGGAGGGACAGCAAGAAGGCCUAUCGUUCGCCACAUCUGAAGAAGCACCACAUCCCGGGAGCAGACACUGUCGACCGCCUUGAUCCGGCUAUUGGUGGCAAGGCAUAUCACCACGAAGGCCCAUACGACGCAGCGCUGCUGGCGAGGAAUACUAGUUACAGGAAUUCGCCGGUCGCAGCGCUGGAGACUAGCAACCAGGAGGCUCUCAAGGCUACGCCACGAGAAAAUGUCCAAGAUGCUCUGGAGCGGCACAAGCCCCUCGAUGGCGUCGCUGUUGUUCCUCCAGGCAUGCCCGAUCGAUUCGGCAGAGUGUACAACUAUGAGGAAGGGGCGGAUUUGAUGCACGAGGAGAACAACGAUGGUCCGGGCUACAAGAGAUGGCCAGACAAGGACUACUCACCAGAUGAUCUCAAGGGCAAGGGCGACACUUUCGAACUCGACAGAGCCCUGAGGGCACACAAGAUCAGCGACGAUGGAGGCAUCGAAAUGCAAGACGGUCGCAACCUUCGCAAAAGCUACGACCAGCAGCAGCGCGCAGGCGCUAUCGACAGCCGUGACCCAGUCGAAAUCGCUGGCGGCCAAGACAAGUACGUCGAAAUGGAGUUUGCCCACACUCGCGACGCCGAUGCUCGUGUAAAGCGCAGCGGCAGUCUGCGUGAUGGCUUGAAGAAGCGCAUUGGCAGCUUGCGCAGGAAGCACCACGACGACUAA